UCGUUACGAGUCCAAGUGGUGAAGGCAGGAGCAGAGACGCAUUAUUGCAGUUGCCCACAGAGCCACUUUGCACGGACAAAACUAGCGCACCUCGCACACAGCGCGCAGUGAGAGAGAGAGUGAAGGAGGCAAUCAGAGACGACAGAUUUCCCGUGACUGCACUUUCCCCCCUUUAUUGUUAUUAUUAUUAUUAUUAUUUUUAUUUCAAUCGCAGGUAUUCUGUCAGUAGCUUUCAGAAGAGGCAACUCAACAACCAGCCAAUCAGUGCUGCGUCUCAGGAUCCAGGAGGGGAGCAUCACUUGGAGGAGCCGGAUGCAGCUCUGCAAGAAUCCAAACAUCCGUGGAUUUCUUUUGCAUGGAUUAUAAUUUGGAAGUACUUCCUUCCUGAGCUGGCAUCGCUCCUUUUUCACUCCCAGCCCACUAAUCUGGUCACACAGUGAAUUAUCACCCGACCUGUAUACGUGUCUCAGUAUUGCAGUACUUUUGGUGACGGCUUGCAGUAUAAAAGCAUCGCUAGAAGAUCGGCUCCACUGCGCCAAGAGCCUCCGCCUCAGUUUACUACCCUCCUUCUCCUGCCUCACAGCCAGUCACCCCUCCUCCGCUGCCCGUGAGUCAGUUCAAACAGCUGCAUAGAAGAUGUCUGCCCCAGAUGCUGCCCCACCAGCUGGAGCUCCUGGAGCUCCAGGUGCCCCUGGCGCAGAUGGAGCCCCAGCUGGCGCACCUCCUGGCCCUCCCAAUACCAGCAGCAACCGCAGGCUACAACAGACUCAGGCCCAAGUGGAAGAGGUGGUGGAUAUCAUGCGGGUGAAUGUGGACAAGGUUUUGGAAAGGGACCAGAAGCUUUCAGAGCUGGAUGACAGAGCGGACGCUCUCCAAGCUGGAGCCUCCCAGUUUGAAAGCUGCGCAGCCAAGCUAAAAAACAAGUACUGGUGGAAGAACUGCAAGAUGAUGAUCAUGAUGGGUAUCAUUGGAGUUAUUGUGGUUGGAAUCAUAUUCUUAUACUUCUUCCACUGAGCUCAGCUCAUCAGUACAGAUGAAUAUGGACUUGAGGAUAAUAUGAGAGGGGAGAGGCAAAAAAAGAAACCCAAGCACUGCUCCUCAAUUUUGUCAGUCCUCUCCUUCUUCUCUUCACACAGUCUUCCAUCAAACCAUCUUGCACUUAAACAUUACAUUAGUGUUUAUAGAUGUCUCUGCUCUCUUCGUCCUCUUUCCCUCCCUUUCCUUGCUGCUUUCUUCCACUGUUUUGACUUGAACUCUUGCUCACUCUCCGCUGCCUCUGCACCUCAUGUAUUAUUGAAGGACACAGCAGGCAGAGUCAAAAGAGGAAGGAAGGAAGAAAAGGAAAGAAGGUAGAGGGAGAACACGUGGGGCUAAGCACGCUGGUGGGGGGUGUACAGAAGAGUUUGCAGUCUUUCUACACCGAGUACGCCAAAGCUUAUUCAUAUGAUGUUUUUUUGAGAGUUCGACAUUUGUAAAUUGAUACUGACAUGCAUAACUAACACACAUCUUCUGUCUGCUGCUUCCACAGUUGCUACUUACUAACACAAGGUCAUGUUAGAUUAAGAUUAUGCUAGUUUCUGUUGUUUGUGCUUGUGUGUAUCUGUGAUCCAAAGCAUUGUAGCUAAAAGCUUUCUUCCACUUUUACCUGGUAGGCUUUGAUUGGUAUUUUUUUCCCUUUCCUGUCUAACUUUCACUCACUUAAGUCUUUUUUUUCUGCAACCUCCAGUGAUAACAAGAAAAGAGAAAUGCAAAAUAGGGAAAGAGACUGUGUGAGAGUUUAGGAAAGGAGGAAGUGAUUCAGGGAAAGGUAGUAGGAGUACUGCAACACAUUUCUACUGCAUAAAUAGGUAAAAAUUUAAAUCCGGACUGAAAAACCAGAGUGUUUAUACCACAGGCAUAGAGGUGGCAUUUUAGUAAUGAUAUGCACAGCAAUUAAGUCACACGAGCAGGCAUUUACAGACAAUCUAAUGAAUACAUGAACUAACUGCUUCAGUCCAGAGGAAGGCCUCUUAAUUCUGAUUUGCAGAGAGUCCCAGCCAUAGACAGAUGAAUGUGUAGCGCCACAUUUCAAACAGGUAGAGACACAGUUAUUUUGAGAGUUGUGCUGUCAAAGUGUUUAAUUGUUGUUUAAGUUGUUCAGAAAGCAGGAAAAGAGGAGAGAGGAUAUGGUUUUGGAAACCCUGAGCCACCUGGCCGUCCCACCGUCACUGCUGACUCACAUAAAAGCACCCAUCUGUCACCGGCAGUAUGAUAACGGCCAGUGUGAAGCGUUUGUUUCUAACCUGCAUGGCAAACGGUGUCCGUAGUUUUGCCUUUUUGUGUAACCUGUGUAUCUGCCAUUUCUGAACCUUACUGCCGACUGUACAUUUUUUUUCUUAGUGGUUUAAAGGACCUAUGUACAAUGUCUUUCUGAUCUGAUAAUUACUGCUUAUGCAAUGCAACAAUGCUCAAGAGUUUGCCAACAUUUUGUUAAGAUCACUUGCGUUGGACAGUAAAAUAAUAUCCAGAGACUGCAAACAAACUGCUACUAUAGUGAAAAAUGAAAACUUAGUAUUAUUCGUGUUGUAUGAGUAGAACCAUAGUACACAUCUGUCAGUUUACGCUCCUGAAAACAGGUUUAUAAAUUCUUUCAAGUUUUUUGAGGGGCUAUAGGAUAUGAAGUUUAUUUUCCUUACUUUGGACUGAUAUUCAGGGUUGAUAAAACGCAAAGGGCAUUUAUGCAUAAUUGUAGCGGUUAGCCAAAAUUAUCUAAUGAUACUGUGCAGUAAUAUUAUUAGAUAAUUAACAUGGGACAUGAGAAGAUGUUUUGUGAUUUACAACUUGGAACUACUGGAAGAGAUGCAACUGGAUUUAGAACAAAUGCAUGUUUACCACUUUUUGCUGAUGCCAAUAAAGAAAUCAUG